UAAAAAAUUAUCUUUUAAUAUAGUGAUGGAUGGUAAAGACACAAUACAUACUGUAAUAUAACAGCACGCGCCUCCACCUGAACUCUUGCUCGCGCGUCAUCUGAACUGAGCGCGCGCACAACGGAAAUGCGUCUGACUAGACCGUCUGUUUUUCUGAGGUAAGACAAUUUUUAUUUCACAACACAAUAUAAAAAUGUCUUAAGUUAUGAAAAUAACAUUAGAAUAUUUCUAUAUUUACACAAAGCCUGACAUAAACUCGUCUGACAGCAGAUAAACAUGACAACGCGUAUUUCUGAGGUCCUUUUUUUACUUCUGCCUCGUCUGACAGGAGAGUUCGUUUUUCUGAGUACUGUUAGCAGUGGAGUUGCCAUGGCAACCGGACCAACCCCAAACUGCAGAAGACAGCAGCUGCACCUCCGGGUCAAAGUUCAACAACCACAUCAGAUUGAGUCAAUUACCAGGAAGAGCAUGAUUUUGUCAGAAACCAUCAACCUUCUCCAUUCACUGGGCCCAAAAGCAUGUCGACUCGAAGUGGAAAAUACAAAUUUUGAUCUAUUCUCGAGCCUUCCCAAAAUGGGACAGGAAAUUCAUCCAGCGCUGAAGCUCUCAUUUAAAUCUACCUUUGAGCUCUUCAAGAAGAACACAAUCUACAGCCAUUGGAAUCCCACUGAGCUCUUGCAUCUAAGGGAACUCCUCAAUGGGCAAACAAAAUCUCAUGAAAAUUCUAUGCCGAUGAUGAGUUCUGAACUUAAGCCGUUGGUCAAGAAUUUCAGGCAGCUCAAUCAUUUUCUCUCACAGCAGAAUUUCAACAUGUGCGCUUGGGAGGUUGUGCGCAAUGAGAUUUUGGGCGUCAUGGACCACUUUUACAAAAUUACAGUUUAUAGAAAGAGACAUAUUAAAUAGAGUAGCCUAUACAUGUGGUAAAUACAACCAAAUGUGUUGUUAAUAUAUUAAUACUUUAAUCUUAUUAUUUCCCAUUUGCACCAUUUGUAAGUCUAUUUGGUAAACUUGAACGAAUGAAAUGAAAUAGGAAUUAAUUUCCAAAUGAUUGAGUUAAUUGCUUUUUAUGCUAGCUAGAAACACAUUUGUUUCACAUAACAACUAAGCUAUAUGCCUAUUUUACCAUGGAAAGCAUUAAAACUCUAAAAUAGAUAGCAGAAACACUUUUGUUUGUCUUUAGAAUUACAAAGCACAUAUACCUGGGUUGCUUCUGCUUGACUUAUUCACAUUUAAAAGACGCUGUGGUUAAAAUGAAUGAAUGUGAUUAUUAUUAUAUGUACAAAUGAAUGAAUAACUCUAAUGUAAAUGAGACAGUACUAUUAAGGAAUUCUGUUUACACGUCGAAUGUAACCUA